AUGUUUCCCUCGCCAUCAGGCAUCGAUCCCACCGGCACAUACCAUGGGGAUUCCGACCUUCAGCUCGAGCGCAUCAACGUCUAUUACAACGAAGCCACUGGGGGCCGUUAUGUUCCUCGCGCUGUGUUGAUGGACCUGGAGCCGGGCACCAUGGACAGCGUCCGUGCCGGGCCAUUUGGCCAGCUCUUCCGUCCAGACAAUCCAUUUUGUUUCCUUCUUCGGCCGAGCAGGUGCUGGAAACAAUUGGGCGAAAGGUCAUUACACGGAGGGCGCAGAGUUGAUUGA